GGGCGCUGAGGUAGAGAGACGCAGGGUCUGACUGGAUCGCGGCGGGCUGCAAGUUGUCUGGCGGCAGCAUGUUCAGCUGGAUGGGACGGCAGGCGGGCGGGCGCGAACGCUCGGGCGGCGUGGACGCGGUGCAGACGGUGACGGGCGGCCUGCGCUCGCUCUACCAGCGCAAGGUGCUGCCGCUGGAGGAGGCGUACCGCUUCCAUGAGUUCCACUCGCCUGCGCUGGAGGACGCCGACUUCGAAAACAAGCCCAUGAUCCUGCUGGUGGGCCAGUACAGCACCGGCAAGACCACCUUCAUCAGAUACUUACUGGAGCAAGAUUUUCCCGGCAUGAGAAUUGGCCCGGAGCCGACCACAGAUUCCUUCAUUGCUGUGAUGUAUGGGGAGACCGAGGGAAGCACCCCUGGGAACGCUUUAGUUGUGGAUCCCAAAAAGCCAUUCCGAAAGCUUAGUCGCUUUGGAAAUGCUUUCCUGAACAGAUUCAUGUGCUCACAGCUGCCCAACCAGGUUCUGAAGAGCAUCAGCAUCAUCGACAGCCCUGGCAUCCUGUCUGGGGAGAAGCAGCGCAUUAGCCGAGGGUAUGACUUCUGCCAGGUCCUACAGUGGUUUGCUGAGAGAGUUGACAGGAUCAUCCUGCUCUUUGAUGCUCACAAAUUGGACAUCUCAGAUGAGUUCUCAGAGGCGAUCAAGGCCUUCCGGGGCCAGGAUGACAAAAUUCGAGUGGUAUUGAACAAGGCUGACCAAGUGGACACCCAGCAGCUGAUGCGCGUCUACGGGGCUCUCAUGUGGUCUCUAGGCAAGGUCAUCAACACACCAGAGGUACUUCGAGUCUACAUUGGCUCAUUUUGGGCACAGCCUCUGCAGAACACAGACAACCGCCGGCUCUUCGAGGCUGAGGCACAGGACCUCUUCAGAGACAUCCAGAGCCUGCCCCAGAAGGCUGCAGUGCGCAAACUCAAUGACCUCAUCAAGCGAGCAAGGCUGGCCAAAGUACAUGCCUACAUCAUCAGCUACCUGAAGAAGGAAAUGCCAAAUGUAUUUGGAAAAGAAAAUAAGAAGCGAGAACUUAUCUUCAGGCUUCCAGAAAUCUAUGUUCAGCUGCAGCGAGAAUACCAGAUUUCUGCGGGGGACUUCCCUGAGGUCAAGGCCAUGCAGGAACAGCUUGAGAACUAUGACUUCACCAAGUUCCACUCGCUGAAGCCCAAGCUGAUCGAGGCUGUGGACAACAUGCUAAGCAACAAGAUCUCAUCUCUGAUGAGCCUCAUCAGCCAGGAAGAGAUGAACAUGCCCACACAGAUGGUGCAGGGUGGUGCCUUUGACGGCACCACAGAGGGGCCCUUCAACCAGGGCUAUGGGGAGGGGGCCAAGGAGGGUGCUGACGAGGAAGAGUGGGUCGUGGCUAAAGACAAGCCCGUGUAUGAUGAACUCUUUUAUACGCUAUCACCCAUCAAUGGCAAGAUAUCAGGUGUCAAUGCCAAGAAGGAAAUGGUGACCUCCAAGCUGCCCAACAGUGUCCUGGGCAAGAUCUGGAAGCUGGCCGACUGUGACUGCGACGGCAUGCUGGACGAGGAGGAGUUUGCACUGGCCAAGCACCUCAUCAAGAUCAAGUUGGAUGGCUACGAGCUACCGAGCAGCCUGCCCCCACACCUCGUGCCCCCCUCUCACAGAAAGUCCCUGCCGAAAGCCGACUGAGGGUGCACACCCGGGGUGGGAGAGGAGGGGUGCCUGGGCCUGAAGUCUGCUAUGCCGCUGACUUGCUGAAUGUCCUUGGCCAAGGUUCUGUCCUCUCCUUUUCUCGAUUUCCUCAUAUGUAGGGUGGGGAGGGCAGGUACCUGAUGAAAGAUGAGGUUCUUUUACCUCUAAAAUCCCUAAGUUUAUCAAAAUAUUUCUAUCAAAAUAUUGAGAAGAGCACUAUAUAUGGAGAUUAAAAGUCUAAGAAGAAAAAGAAAUUAACCAAAGAAAAAUGUAGAUGUGGGCGCAGGCUGGCAAACUCUGGGGAACUCAGGGAGUGAGCUGAGGACUCACAGGAGUCUUCAGGGCAACUCGUUACCACGGACUUCUCAGCCCUUCACGGGGCACUGAGAAGCAGCGAAAAUGACCUCAUUUAUUUUUCUUAUUGUUUCCUGCUAUAUUUGUGUGUGGGGGGGAACAGAACAGAAGGUUUCUGCUCUCUGUAGACUGACACCAAAGAGAAGACUAAUAUCCAGGUUUGAAAGAGGAUGUGCCAUGUCUCUGUGCACCUGUUCCUCCUGCAGUCCCAAGCAGAGUGAGCAGCCAGGCCAGGAAAACCCGCUUUGUCCCAGCACCUGCUACACGGCCUUGCCAAACCUCCCUCCAGCAAGGCUGGGUUCAUUUGGGAAUUUGGAAUUCACGACCUCUGUCAGCCCCUGGCAAGACCUCUAGUUAAUGUUUCAGAUCAUGUUGAAGUCUGAGAAUUGGCUUUUCUUUUCAGUGUAGCCAGUAGGUUGCAGCAAAGUCAAUUUAUCAGCCUUAAGAAAAGAGACAGUUCCCAACUGUCACUAAGUGUGCCCUUCGACCAUUGAAUGUUCCCAAGACUUCUUGGUAGGUGGCAGAAAGUGGCAGAAUUUAAGUUCAACAGAGCCAUGUCUUGAAUUGUGUAGUCCAAGAGACUUUGAACACAAGUAGAGAGAGACUAGCCCUAUCCCGAGCUGUCAAUGGCAGAGAUCAUUGUCUGAUUUUUUUUUUAAAGAAAAAUAUGCAUUUUAUUGUGUUUUUCCUCACAAGAAGAAGCUUUUCUAUCGAAAUCUUUGUGUACCACCUUUUCUUCCGAGCCAGGAAGUCUGGGACCAGGACUGGUCUGUGCACAUACCCUUCUGCUGGCUCUUCAGUACUCCACCAAGCCCGUGAAUGUCUCUGACCGGCUUUUUCAGGGGCUGUCUCACACACACACACACACACACACCCUGCUCUGUGGCACAGCUCUUGAGCACUUUCACCCUCACUUAGGCAGUAGGGGCCACAGCACAGCAGUGACCACGAGGCCCAGCCCCGACAGUACCAGAAAUGAAUGAAUCUGAACAGUGCCCCUGAAUCUUCAGAAAAACGUACUCCCGCCCUUAACUCCCUGCCUCUGUCAACCUCAGGGUCAGAAUUGUAGAUUUAAGAGAAAAUGCUAAAAGCUCACAUUUAUUACCACAGUACUUGUGAGGCUGAAGCAGGAGGAUUACCAUGAGUUUGAAACCCAAGCCACAUUGUUAGUUUCAUGGCAGUCUGUCUGUUUCAAAAUCAGGGAGAAUUCUUAUGUCACCAUCCACACUCCCUAUCUUACUUUCUAAAUGACAGUUUUAAGAGAAACAUGGUGUGCUUUUUACUUUGAGUGCGUGUUUUGAUUAAUGGGACACACAAAGCGGAAUGUUUGAUCCUGGGGCUGUAACUGAAUGCAGGCAUUUCUGUGGUGUGAGGACCCUGGUGUCUAAUGGGUGGUGAUGCCUGGGAGGGGACUGCCUUUCCUCCCAGUUGUCUGCUGCUUUUUCUCUGCACAGUUGUCAUAUAUCUACAUAAAUAUAAUCACAAAUGUA